UGCUCGUUCGUGUUCCAACCGACAUUGCGCUCAGUAUUCAUGUGGACGAUGGCAGGUCGUAAUAAGGCAUAGUCUCCGGCGUUCGCGAGUUGGUGCCGUAUUCGCGUACCGGUGCAAUUGUAGUUUCUGGUUGACUCCUCGUUCGUUUUUAGACGACAUUUUGGUUGGUCUUCGGUUUCAACGUCUUUAGCGGCUGUCGCCGGUUAGAUACGUACUCGUUAAUCGGUAAAGCACAUGCGUAAUACUAGCUAACAAUUGUGUGAGUUAGUGUAAGCCAGGCUGGUUAAUUCCGCGCAAACAAAAACAGUUUCGCGUUGAUUAGAACUGUCUUCUUUAGCGCACGGCGCUAAAGGAGCCAGUUACACAAAAACAUUCCGCUGAAAGCAUGACUAAUAAAUACGCACUUUUCAUGCAGCCAUUGUUUUGUCAUUCUUUUUGUGUGCAUGAAUGUUUACGUAAAACUGUGCGGUGGUGACCUGUUUGUGUUUCAAUUUGCGGGUAUUGUCAUUAAGUAUGGAGUACACGAAUCCGUUUAUCCACAAUAAGGGUGCGGGUGGAAGUACGAGCGGCAAAUUUUGGAAAUAUAACCAAUGCGAAAGUGGGUAUGGUUCGGAUGAAUUUGCUCACGACUCACCACGGUACACUUCGCCGGCGGCGCCGGGCACCGGCUACUACCUCGGCUCGGACGGCACGACGCCCGGCACCGUGGGUGACUGGCCUGGCUCAUACACGACGCCGUACCAAACCUAUGAGCACUAUGGUCUCACGCCCGAAACGGAUGCGGCCCAAGGAUUGCCACCCAUGUCUUCAUUCCGUGCCAAUGGAACCCCGGCGACGACGGCUCCACAAACGAAUCCCGCGUUCGCGCCACACAACGACGGCAUUAGCAAAGCACUUAACAUUUAUCCAAUAGAGCAGGCUAGCGCGAGUAGUUACAGUUCGGCGCCAUCGACGCCUGUGAGUUCACCGCCGCCGUUGGCACCUUCAACAUGGCUCGGAAAUCACAAUGCCCCAGCACAUUCUCCGCACUACACUCAAGCAGUUGCCAACAGUGGAGCACCUCAGGGUAUACACAUGACCCCAGUUUUCGACGUGCAACGUGUAGACGAUGCCAUCGUUUUACUUAGAGAUCAUGCUGAGUUGCAAGGAACACGAAUGGAAGAAAGACUAGACGACGCCAUAAACAUUCUCAAGAAUCAUGCGGAAUCGCAAAUUAACAUGGGGCAGCUGCCGCCCACGUUAACCGGCACGCAGAUGACUUCCCUCGGUGGCUACGCACCUCCACCGGCCGAUCCGCAUCUACCCGAUCCAGUGAAAGUCGAGCGAGCGACGUACAACAGCAAAUGUUUUGAUAUUACAGAGAAACGCAAAGAACCACCAGACAGCGAUACUAAACCUUCUAGUUCCGUUGAAUCAGCCAACUCCACCAGCGGAGGUGUACCCAGCGGAAAAGGCGCUAAGCGGACGAGGCGGUUUUGUUCCAGCGCGGAAGAAACGGAAGACGGAGAUUUAGAUCCCGCCCAAAAAGCACAAAGAGAAAAGGAACGGCGGCAGGCUAAUAAUGCAAGAGAAAGGAUACGUAUCCGUGAUAUUAACGAGGCUCUCAAAGAAUUAGGACGUAUGUGUAUGACGCACCUGAAAACGGACAAGCCUCAAACUAAAUUAGGUAUUCUUAACAUGGCUGUUGAAGUGAUUAUGACAUUAGAGCAACAAGUUAGAGAGCGAAAUUUGAAUCCUAAAGCCGCUUGUUUAAAGCGACGUGAAGAAGAGAAAGCGGAAGAUGGGCCUAAGUUGGGAGUUGGCCCACCACAUCACAUGUUAGCGCCACAUUAUUCCACUAUACCUGGUCCUCCACCAAACUUGCCUCAUAAUCCAGGACAGCCCCAAUAGCAUUGCUAAACGCGAUAAUACACAUCAAAUACAAUGAAUUGCAAAAUAUUAAUACAAAAGUAAACAUUUAGAGCAAAGGAAACGAACACACUGUAAAUACACUCACCGAGACAACGCAAACAAAGUUCUACAAAGUAAAUGUAAAGUUUAAAUAUGAAUUAGGAAUGGCAAUGCGAACUGGGCGAAAACAAUGCCGGUUCGUCGGUACAAAAAUUUUCAACUAAAUGAUGGAGACAACUAAACUUACCUAAAUCAAGGGACUUAAUAAUGAAUAGGAAGAAAUCAUUCUCAUCAAUGAAUAUUAAUUAAUAGAUGCAUCGUCAUUACUACUAAUAACCGAACAAUGAUAGUUAUAUUUUUUUAAUAUAAAAGAAAAUAUAAAACGAGGCGGAUUGUAAUUAGUUGAGAAACGGAAAAUGAAGAGCAUCAUAUUUGAGUUCAGUACGGCUAGUACUGUAGUGUUACUGUAAUAUUAAGCUGAGUAAUAACAAAAUGUGGCGUUGAUGAUGGACGCCAUUUUCAGCGUUUUUCUCUCAUAUAUGGUUUAAAACGGAACGAACAAACAGCUUUCACAUGACGGAACCACAUCUUAGGCAAGUUAAACUUUGCUGCAUUGAUUUAUUUGCAACCAUUGAGAUUUUACACGAAUCUCUAGAUAAUUUACUUUUGCCCCAGUAUACUUACUUAUUUUAGUAAUUUUACUUAUUAAUUAUUUGAUUAAGUGCCAAAAUGAUGCUUACGUAUCGCGAUCUCGCUAUUAACGAAGGAUAUGAACUGUUGCCAUUUAUUUAAUCUUUGUAGUAUUUUAUUUUUUAUGCUAUCAUGACACAUUAUCAUAUUAAAUAUACAUCACGACGUCAACAUAGAAAAUUUACAUGACCAGAUCAGGAAGAGUGCAGAAAUUUGAUUUUUAUUUUUCUCAUCUAUGGCCUGAGCUCAAUUAAAAAGUUACAUUGCUGCACACGUUGACAAUAUUCGCCAUCUUUUGAUUUAAACUUUUUACUUCUUGAACCAUAUAAGCGUGAAAAAUGCAAUUAGAGCGCUUCCGAAUGUUUAGAAGAAUGAAUGAUGAGUACAAACAAUGUUUUGACGCGAAGUAAGAGACAUUGAUAACGUGUUCAAGUUUGACGAAUUGUAACCGCGUUGCGACGCAUUAUUUCCUGCAAAUAACGCGCCGCAACUUUACACCUCCGAAAUCAUUGUACAUAUAGUAGGAUUGUUUUCUUACAACAUUCAAUGAGGGUAAUAAUUUGUGUGCAACGACCGCCACCCCUGACGUCCAUCGGUCUGUAAUCGAAUGUAUGUCGAUAAAGCAUUGUUUUGUACAGUUGUUAAAACUUCGGACCCAUGGACGUCGGGCGUAUCAGAACUAUUCUGGCGGUCAGCCUCUGUCUGGCUUCACCCCUGAAUUCGUAUAUUUAAAUUAUAAUAAUUAAUUAAUGGGGAGUAUGAUAAUGUAAGAAUGCGUUAAAACUAUGAGUUGCAAAGGAACAAAGAGAAAUCAUAGUGUUCAUUUAUGUCAAAUGAAUCAAUUGAACUGCGAAAUACAAACAAUUCUAUGUUAAUAUGCUCUAAACGUGCAAGUAAACGAUGUUUAAUAAUGACUAUUAAAUUUCGAAUGGAUGUUAUUGUGCAAACAAAUAUGUUAAGGGAAAGUCAUUCAAUAUUUUACUGAAACGGAACGCUGCGAAAUGAUGCAAUUUGAUUCUUUCCCUGGCACCUUUUUUUAUAUACAUUAUAAAUAUUAUACAUAGAUUUAUUUAAGUAAUUGAUAACUUUAUUAUUUCUUUAGAUUUAUUAUCUUAUUAUACAAAAUAGGAAUGUACUUUUUAGUAUUUUUAAGCAAGCAUUAUUUAUAUAUUAUUGUUUUAUAUUAUUUCUGUUGUUAAGCGCGACCGACAUAGUAGUUUCUGUUGAGUUAAUGGCAAAUGAUUUUUUCUUUAAAUUAAAUUUAAUUUUUCAUCAUACUUUCGCUCAUCUACACACAAUAUACGCAGUAUUAAACUCAUAAAAUGAAACUAAUACAUAUAAAACAAAGCAAACAAUCACAUAACUUGCAAAUAAGAGCUCGGAGGUGGAUGUAAUAGCGUGUAUUUUUAUUUUAUAGCCUUUAAACUUUUUUGUGGGAAACUUAGGCAGCAAAAUUUAUUGCAGUAAAUCUUGCAAGAGUUUAAUAGACCUUUUACAGCGAUUUCACAUGCAGAGUAAACACUUGCGAUUAAUACUUCUUUUGCAUUGAAUAUACAUCGUAUCGAAUACAAAUUUGUCCACUGUUGAUGCUCGCAAAUUCGUAUUUGAUAUUGCGAAAUUGCAAUUAAAUGUACAGCCAAUUUAACAUAAAAUUUAUAUUUUUGUAGAAAUCUGCAUUGUUAUGUAAUGCUUAUUUAAACAUUGACUUCACAAGACGGUAACGACGGUGCAUACAAUUCAAAUAGAAGUAAGCAAUGGUUAAUUUUGCGCAAACACGACUCGUAAUGCUUCAAUGAAAAUUGAUUGUAACGAAAGGAGUUGAACCGAACACGACAUGAUCCCUGUAAUGAGAACUAUGUGGUAAAAAAACUACAAAUACAAGCUGAUGUUGUAUAAACGUUUAAUAAGGAACAAAACGAAUGUGUUUUUACGUAUAUAUUGAAGAAUUAAGAAAAAUAUUUAAAUAAAAUAAAAUAUUGCGUGAUGAAGAUUAUAAGUUAGGUAAUUCAUCUAGACAUUCAAAUGAUUAUCAACUAUAUGUAAUAUACAAUACGUACAUAAUA